CUGGGUUUCCCGUGGGCACACCAGCUUAGCUGAGUGAGGGUGCUGAGGACACACUGCCCCCCUCCCCAGGCCCGAAAGCCAGGAGGCCAACCUGCUGUCAGGGAGGGUGCCUGGUGUGUGUCACUGAGCCCUUCUUCCUGGAGCUCCAGCUUCAACCAGAAAGGGAGCAAAGAGAGUUAGGACCAGCGAAUCCAAUAGCCUCCAGGGGGAUAAGGGCAUCGCCUCCUUUCUUGAAAGACACUCCCUUCUGAUGGCGAUGGGAACUCCCUUCCUCCUGCAGCGGCCUGCCUGCUGUACAGUGUGAAUGUUGCAGCAGCCAGGGCUCCAGAAAGACAGCGCCCCAGAGCCCAGGCAAAGAGAGCUACAGUAGCCCAGAGGUUCAGAGAGCUGGCUUGGGGCUGCUGGGGAAGCAGCCGCAGCAAGGUGACAGUGACAAACACAGAGCAGAGGACACCAAGUCGAUUCUGUUUCCUCAAUCCAGGAGGGAGGACAGCCUUCAGCCUACAAGCUCUGCAGAAUCUAUGGCAGCAUCUGACACGGCCCUGGAGGAAAAGCAGGGAGGGAGUGCUGCAGAGCUGUGCCCUAUGGUCGUGCAGCAAGUCCAGGACCUAGAGGAGGCCCUGUCCUCUGUUCAGGGGUGCAGUCCUGAAGGUGUCACCAGCAACCGCUACUGAGCCAUGGCUGAAGGGGAAAUCACGACCUUCACAGCCCUGACCGAGAAGUUCAAUCUGCCUCCCGGGAACUACAAGAAGCCCAAACUGCUCUACUGUAGCAAUGGAGGCCACUUCUUGAGGAUCCUUCCAGAUGGUACAGUGGAUGGGACAAGGGACAGGAGCGACCAGCACAUUCAGCUGCAGCUCAGUGCGGAAAGUGUGGGGGAGGUGUAUAUAAAGAGUACCGAGACCGGCCAGUACUUGGCCAUGGACACCGAUGGGCUUUUAUAUGGCUCACAGACCCCAAACGAGGAAUGCUUGUUCCUGGAAAGGCUGGAGGAAAACCAUUACAACACCUACACCUCCAAGAAGCACGCAGAGAAGAAUUGGUUUGUUGGCCUCAAGAAGAACGGAAGCUGCAAACGCGGUCCCCGGACUCACUACGGCCAGAAAGCCAUCUUGUUUCUCCCUCUGCCCGUCUCCUCUGAUUAGAGAAAUCUGUUCUGGGUGCCGACCACUCCAGAAGAGCCUCGAGGGGUCCUCACCUGGUUGACCCCCAAAUGUCCCCUUGAUCAUUGGUUGCGCUAACCCCCAGCCCACGGAGCCUGAGUUUGUAAGCAAUGCGCUUCUAAAUGCCAGUUCACUUUAUUUCAGAGCCCUUUACCCCAGCUCAGUUUGGAACAGAGGGACCAAAUUGCUUCCAGGGGCCUCUGGCUGACCAGUCUGAGUCCAGGUUUGGAUGCCCAGCUGCCUCAGGGCGCCUGCUGUAGGCUGAACCUCUCAGCACAAGGUGGGGCCAAAUGAAGUGUGUUACGGGGUCUGCCAAGUGGUCGUAGGUAACUGCAUAGCAUCUCCUGCUACUGAGUAAACCCCAGCAGCUAGUCCCCCAAACAUUUUGCCAAACAUCUAACCUGACUGCCUCUUUUCCUUUCAGUAGCCCAUAAAUACUAGCAGAGGAGGUAAGAGUGAUGUUUAGAGGAGGGUAAUGUUCCCUAAUAGAAACAGGGACAGAGAAGGCCCCCCUUGAGCACAGAAGGGAUUUAAAUUGGAAAGAGGGGGUGCACUUGGGUGGACCACAGAGGAGGAUGGGAUCUCAAUGGAGGAUGGAUGAAGGAGGUAGGGCUCAGCCACAGGAAGAGAACAAAUUCACAACCUUAGGAAUCAAUACCACAUGGUGACAUGCCCAAGAAGCCUCUGAGGUCAGGAGGAGCAUGGGAGGUAGCUUCUUGAUAAAAGCAAGGACCUCAGUGCUGGGAAGUUCAUGUGGGUCUGGGCAGUGUGUGAGGGAGUGACAAGAGGAAGGGUGACCUUGGCUGAGGAGAUGCUGCACUCUCAGAAGGAUGCUUUUAGAAGAGAGGAAGAAAGAGAAAGGGGACACCAUGUCUUGCUUGGCCACCAGUAAGCAGGACUUCGGGGUCCUCUUGCAGGGCUUCCCCACUCUGACCUGCGUAGGGGUCAUCUGGGAUCUGCUUUGAAGUAGCUUCUGGUUGGGUGGGGCUGGGGGAGCCUCUACAUUUCCAACUUGAAGAAGCAGAUAAAAAAAAAAUGUCAUUCAAAGGAAGGUGGCUCAAAGCCCUGACCCUCGCCCACCUCCGCCUGACCCCGAAACACGCACCCCCACCCUUCCCUAUAUACUCAGGCAGCAGUGACGAUAGUUAGACCUGUAUCAAGGAAGGGUUUAAGGCCCAAUGCCCAUAAAAUGCCUAUUUAGAAGAAAUACAAAGGCAUACAUAAAAGUGUUAAACCCUCACAAACAGUUUUCCCCAAGAGACCAUUUUUGUUACCCUUACUUGUAUAAAUAUGCUUCCUGCUUAAAGUGAACUUGACCCAAGUGGCUAGCAUAUUAGAAACACCAUUCAUCUCUGACACAUGAUACCGACGCUGAGGCCUUUAAUAAGCCAUUUAAAUUUACUGUGAGACUGUAUGUUUUAAUCACAUUUUGAAUAUAUAGCUUAAAGGCAGUUAAACUGAUUAGCAUGCAGCCUCUGAGAAUGAUAAUAAUAGGAUAUGAUGUAUAAGGUACUCAGAUAACUAACACUUCACCACAUUUACUCAUGAGAUUUUUCUUUAGUCUUCCACUAUGCUGUUACAAUUUUUCUUUUGAAAAGGGGGACUCUUAAGCAAUGAUAUAAUCAUUGUGUAUAAAAGUGGAGGAGAGUGUGCUCACAUUUUACAAGGAAUUGAAGUAAUUACUAAUUGAAACGUAAUUCCUUAGACAUUGAACUGUUAUACUUAGGAUGAAAGAACAACAAGCUGAAAGUUCAAUGAGAUAAAGCUCCUGAGGAACUAAGUUGGCAUUAUGGUCAAUAAUACUGGUCUACUUUUGUACAGAAAAAUUAUUUCAUAACUUUUUGUUUUUAUAACCUGGAUAAGAUGAUUCUAUUUUAUUUUAGUCAAUCUUUGCAAGCAAGUUGGGAAUAUUGCAAUUCCUUAACAUCUCUUUGGUAUGAAGAUUUGGCCCCUAGAAGGUACCCAGACAGGAAAUCUAAGAUAUUUAUAAUGGUCCAUAUUUUUAUUGUAUGAAUCAAUUUCAAGUAUAAUGCUGGCCAAGAAAAAACAAAAUACUGUUGUUAACAGAUUAGAUGGAAGUUGGUGAUUUCAGAGACCCAAAGCAUUGAAGUAGAUUGUGACCUUAACAAUCUCAGCCCAGUCGUCAUUUGCAUAUUUGCUCAAUGGAGACCAUAUGCCUGUGUGCCAGGCACUGUCCUGGGUACUGUGGUCCCUGGGGACUUUGUCUGUCUGGUUUGCUGCUGUAUCCUCUCCCAGGGCAUUAUAUUUAUGAUGAAAGAUGCUGUGGAUUCAUUUCUUUCAAUCAAGUGAAAAACAUAGACUUUACAAGUUACUGCUGAGUAAAUAGCAAGUCCCAGAAACCCAGGAUUUGGAAGAAUUGGCUACUCCCAACAUAAGACAAAUCCCUAGCAGAAUGGCAGAAGACACGGCAAAGUGAACUUAACGUUUUCAACCUUAGACCAGUGUCUGCUUCGGGAGGACUGCUUGCAAAUUGGGAAGAGAGUCCGUGAGGUCUUGUCAGAAGGGAGUGGUGGGCAGUUCCCUGCAUGGUUUUGAGAGGGUGAACAUCCCCAUUGCACCCUCUCUUCCUUCAGUGAUUCUUGCCGUCAUCUGCCCUUCCUGUGCCUCUCAUGUGCAUCCAUUUUCAGAAUGACCGUCACAAGGUGUCUGAAACUUACUGUCAGGAGCAGAGAGACUUCAGCAGGUUGGCAGUGAGGCGCAGGUGAAGGUAACUAUCAUCUCCUCUAGUGGCCAACUGUGUGAACAUACAAAAUCCAGAUGGGUGCAUCAGCUGCCACUGCAGACAAGGCCCUGGCUUUGUGCUGGAGGUAACAGAGCCCAAGUCCUCAGACUGGCAGAGUGUAUGGCCUGAACCAGCGAGGCCCACAGCUGCAGAGCAGGCCAAUGAGGACACCACCUGUCAUUUCACAUCUCUCUCUCUCUUUUUUUUUUUUUUUUU